AUGAGUCUUAAUUUGGCUGAAAUGGUGCCUAAUGCCAUUGGAAUGAUAGCUUUUGAUGAUGCUGGUCAAAUUAUUGAAGCAGUGGGAAUUGGAAAGGAGAGAAAAGAAGAUGUUCUCCAAUUACAGCAGGUGGAACUAGAUCAAGAUGGAUUCGGUAUCUUGGAACACGAUAACGUCCAAGUGUUAAUAUACAAACGAGAGGAUAAAACUCUUGCUGUUUAUACGCAUAGUUCAAAAUCAGACGAAUAA